UACCCGCCUCCACGUGCGUGACUACUUUUUUAUAACCUAUUGAUGUAAAUAAAAAUAUAAAAACAAUUUUUUAACAGCAAGUUAUUAGUUUUGAAUAUUUUUUUAAACCACAUGAAGUAGACAUGAGGAACUUGACAGUCAGCAGUUUUACUAUCAAUGAUUUCCAAGAUGCUUUAAUAAACUUCCGCCAACAUCAGCUGGAGGAGGUCGAUCAAGAGGAAAAUCAAGGAAAUGAUCCAAAAAGUGAAUCAUCACCUGGAACUUGGCUACCUGAUGAUACUUCAUACUGCGUUGAUCCACGCAAUGACACUCUGUUUAUUGUCGAUGCAUGCCAUUUCUAUGUAAUCUGUAACAGCUUAGAAUCAAUGAGGUCAUUGAAAACGACCUAUAUCAAUGAUGAUCCUGAAGCUAGACCAGUUGGAAUGGAGUUUUGGAGUGACAAUCAAUCAAUUUACUGCGCUUACAGCAAUGGAAAAUUGUUUAAAAUUUCUCCAGAGGAUCCAUUUGAGGUCGAAGUCGCCGCUGUCAUGGACGAAGGCAUAAAUUGUAUGCAGCUGAGUCCAGACCAAGAGCUACUCGUCCUCGUGACCAAUAAUCACCACGUUAUUACAAUAGUAUCUAGUUUGUCGAUAAUGUCAGAGGUAGAUCUGAUGGCUGAUGAUUUCGGAGAGAAACAGUUCGUCACUGCCGGGUGGGGACACAAAGAGACUCAGUUCCAUGGCUCCGAAGGCAAAGCUGCUGCUAAAGCCAAAGUUGUGAUUGAAGCCAAGACUGAUAAAGACAGUAAAAGAUCAUGGAUAACUUGGCGCGGUGACGGUUCUCUAUUCGCAGUGAGUUUUUUUAAUGAAAAAAUAGGCGCGAGAUUAUUUAAAAUUUUCAAUCGUAAAGGCGUCCUUCAGUAUACUAGCGAACUGACUCAUCGGCUGGAGGAAAAGAUUGCAUGGAAACCAACAGGAAAUUAUAUUGCAGGAACUCAAAAACUGGACGAUAAAUAUGUUGUUGCGCUGUUUGAAAAAAAUGGGUUGAAGCAUCGCGAGUUUACUCUACCAUUCAGCCCCGCGGACUUUGAUGUUAAGAGUCUGCUAUGGAGUCCAGACUCUGAUAUUCUUGUGAUCGAGUGCAAAAGCGCUGAUGGCAAUCAGCAGAUUCUUCAACUAUGGACGGUAAAUAAUUAUCACUGGUACUUGAAGCAAAGUAUCCCAUUCAACAGCGAAAAUCCAUUGCUGUAUUACACUUGGAGUACGGCACCACGUGCACAUAAACGAUUGAUGCUGCUGACAACAAAUACGUUCUUGAGCUAUUCAUUCAGAUGGACAAUAAAUCACAGUCGCGGUACCAGCUCUGGUGACAAAAGUGUCGUUGGUGUUAUAGACGGCGACAAAAUUUUACUAACGGGGUUCAAAAUGGGCAUCGUGCCACCACCGAGCUGUCAUAAGUCGCUGCAGUUUGAAUGCGCUAUUAAUGAAUGUAUCUUUGCACCAAAUUCUUGUCGUGAUUACACAGACACUUGGGUUAAUUCCAAUACAGUUUUCUUGUUAUUGCAAAAUAAUAAACUAGCGCUAUGUCUAUACAACCAAGAUGUGUCUCCACUAGAGUAUCAGUAUGUCAACUCAUAUGAAAUUGGAUGGGACUUAGAGUUGUUUAUCCAACUGAAAUUACUGAAUGAUGACCUUAAAAAUUAUUCGAUGCACCAUUUUCUGUGGUUCAAAGAUGACGUUAUCUUGUGCUCGAUAUCAACUGAAAAUAACUUUUAUUUAUGUGUGAUGAGUUUAAAAUAUUUUGAUGAGGACUUCAAUGAGGGGCGGAUCGUUAUUGAAGACGCAUUGAUGACACACGGACACAUUCAGCAUAUCGUGGCAUCGCCAGGUGACGUUGACAAGACAGCUUACCUGGUUGUGGAUAAUCAAGUGCUAAAAUACACCGAGGAUGAAGAAGCCAUAUCUCUAACAGAAAUAAUUAUUCCGGAAUCUUGUGAUCAAAUGGAGGUAGUGGAAAUUGAAAAACGUCAUGUCAUCGUUAUGCUUAGCUGUACUAAUCGUCUGUACGUUGACGGCACAGAAGUUGCUAACAACAUUACCAGUAUUUGUGUACACUCGGAUUUUCUUCUGCUCACGACUUUACAGCACGCGCUGGUCUGUGUCAACAUGAAUGCUGAUGGAUUUAGUAAACUGUCAAUGUCUAAUUUAUCCCUCAAGUCAUGGGGAAAUGAACAGAAUGAACGUAACACUGGAGGCUUAAGUAUGAGGCGGUUGGAGCGAACGUCAAGUCUGGUGAUGGCGAUUCCCGAAGAUUCACGAGUAAUUCUUCAGAUGAAACGGGGAAAUCUGGAGACUAUACAACCACGUGCACUAAAUCUGCAUAUUUUGAAAACUCACUUGAGUUGUCUGAAUUAUUUUAUGGCGUUUGACAUAAUGCGUAAGCAACGCAUUAAUUUAAAUCUUAUUUACGAUCACAAUCCCCGAUUAUUUGUUGCCAAUGCGGAAAAAUUUAUUGACGAUAUUAAGAAUCCGUGCUGGUUAAAUUUGUUUAUUUCCGAGUUACACGAAGAAGACGUGACAGAAACACUUUACAGCGCUUGUUACACUGAACAAGAGAAUGAAAAUCGCAAGUCUGAGUUUGACAUUCCAGAGGAGGGUAAAGUUGAAAAAAUUUGUCAGUUGUUACGUAAAAUAAUGGAGAAGAAAUCGGGAACGCGUAAUCUUGUGCAACCUAUUUUGACGUGUCUCGUUAAAAAUAAACACACGCCAGGACUAGAAGCCGCGCUAAGAAAAAUAAAAGAAUUUAAAAUGAAAGAAGAAACUGCUGAGGGACGUCAGCAGUCUGGAGAAGAAGCUCUCAAAUAUUUACUGUAUCUUGUCGACGUUGAUGUUCUCUAUGACAUUGCGCUGGGAAUGUAUGACCUCGAGCUCGCCAAGUUUGUCGCUUCAAAGUCAUUGAAAGAUCCCAAGGAAUAUCUGCCAUACUUGAACAAUCUUGCGGAGCUCGAGGAAAAUUACCGUAAGUUUAAAAUCGACAAGGACUUGAGACGGUACGAGUCUGCGCUGGAUCACAUUUCGAAGCGACUUGAUAAAUUUGACGAGUGUCUUGAUAUGGUCUGCAGUUAUGAUUUAUACGCAAAAGCCAUUAAAUUGUUCGGAAAAGAUCAAAAAGAGUACAUAGAAAUAGCUAAAAUUUACGGUGAACAUUUGAUGAGGAACAAAAGGUACCGUGAAGCAGGAGUGAUGUUUCAGCGAUGCGGGAAUUUAGAACGCGCGUUACAGGUGCAUAAAAUAGCUGGUAGUUGGCAAGAUGCCAUAAUAGUGUCCACUAAAAUGAAGAUGAGUCCUGGCGAACUAAAUGUUCUGUGCGAAGACCUUGUCACCCAGUUGCGGGAAGACAAGAGGUUCCGUGAUGCUGCAGAUAUAUCUCUGACAUAUCUUGAGCACAUUGAGGAAGCAGUCUCGCUUUUGUGCGAAGGUAAAGAGUGGAGAGACGCCUUGCGUAUCGCACACACACACAAGAGACUUGAUCUAAUAGAGACGCACGUAAAACCUGGAUCUCACGAGCACGCUAUUGAUAUUUACUUCAGGAUAAAUAAAAAUAAAGAAGAGUUUAUUAAAUUUAAACGACGACUGUUGAUUGUUAGAAAAGAAAAAGCAAAAAAACAAGCUCUGGCAUUUGAAACUCUCGAAGAGGAGCGAGGAAAUGCUGGUAGAGAUGUAAGUGAUUUGCUGAGUGAGACCACCAGUGUCGCUGGAUCCACUGUCAGUGUGAGUUCCAGGAGCUCGAGAAGCUCUGCAAGGAGCUACAGGUCCGGUAAAAACAAACGCAAGCAUGAGAGGAAGAUUUUGGAUAUCAAAGAAGGGAGCGCUUAUGAAGAUCUUGGUCUUAUUCGUGCUCUGCAUAUAAUCAUCACCAACACUUAUGCUCAGCGUGACGAAGUCAAUGCAGUAAAUCGAGUCCUGCUCCAUUUAUUUCUCGAUGAACUCGCAGAGAAACUACAGAACGCGCUGAUGGAUAUGAUAACUCUCAUUGAGAAAAGUAAACAUGAAAUUUGGGUUAAGAAUGUCGAUCCUGCUGGUAGUGAUGACGACCCAUUUAAAUCCCAGCAGAAUUUACUGGAGCCGAAGUUCACUUAUCCACCCGAUGCCGGAUCCAGCCAAUGGAUACUUGAUAUAUUUCCGCAGGCUAUUAAAAAUAUAACUUUGUAAAUUUAAUAUAUAUACAUAUAUAUAUUAUAUAUAAAAUAUUGAAACUAAGAAAUGGUUUUUAAUAAAACAAUAAAAAUUUGCCUUAUUAUUUUA